GUAAUUGCUUAGUUCACAUACGUACAGUGAAACUAUUCUACGACAAAAUGGCACUUCAAAGUGACGAACUUUUCAAAUUCAUCAGCGAAAAAGUCACGGAAAGUCCACAAAAAGCUAAAGCUGUAAACGGUGUCUUUUUAUACAAGAUUACCAAAAACGGUAAAGUAGCGAAAGAAUGGAUUAUGGAUUUGAAAAACGCUAAAGUCUACGAAGGACCUGCUCAACCUGGAGUACAGGUACAAACCACUGUCCAAGUUUCCGAUGAAGACUUCGUCGAAAUGGCCAGUGGAAAACUGAACCCACAAGCCGCUUUCCUCAAGGGAAAAUUGAAGGUUUCAGGCAACAUUAUGUUGGCUCAAAAGUUGGGUCCACUCCUCCAAGCCGAAGCUAAAUUGUAAAGUACGUUGCACGUCGCAAAAAAAUUUAAUUUAGAUAAUUCUAUUUAUACGUUUUGUGAUACUCAAAAGCAAAAUAAAAUUUUUGUUUCAUUAAU